CGCACACGAUACAACUUCGGACUUUGUAAAGAAAAGUGAGCAGAUAUCUUAACGACGUCGUGGAAGUUUUGUCGUGCGCGGCUUUGGUUACUUCAGCGUUCUGCGUUUUCGUAAUUUCGUUACACCGAGGACACUCGUGCGUGUCAGCGACAUAACGGGCUCAGUUUCACUGCGUCACUCUUUUUCUCUCCCGAGCGGAAUUCCUAAACGCCAGCCAACGGCAUAACAGCACCUUAUUCCCAUUCCCAGGCGCUUCUUGACACUGGAUUAUAAGGACGUCGAUACUGUUGCGUGUGAGACGAGGGCCCAGGCAGCAGCCAUGCUCAUGUAUGACUACCCUGUAAAGGCAGAAAUGGAUACGUCGCUGUAUCACUCCUACCCCUCGCUGAUGAAGUCCCAGGCGGAGGCGUACAGCGUGAUUUUCGCCCCGCCCUCCAGCGGGGCCAUGGUCGGCACCCACCUUUACCAGCACCACCAGCAGCAGGAAGUCCCGCCCAUCCCCGGCUCCCAGCUGGAGCCCGUGGACCUGUCUGUCAGCAAGCGGGGCUCCCCUGCCUCUUCCUCCUCCUCUUCCUCCUCCUCGUCCUCCCGCAGCUCGCCUGUCUCCCCCUACAGCUACGGCAGCGCCUCGGGCUCCGGGACGCCCCUGUCCCAGCCCAGGCUGGGGGCCGGCUCCCCCCCGCAGAGGCGGACCUCCCCUGGCCUGCCCCUCCACCACUUCCCCACCGUGCUGGGCCCCCUGCUCCCAGGGUCCAUCCCAGUCCUGUCCAGCGUCAUGCUGCAGCCCCUCUCUCUUCUCUACCCCUCCCACCUGCCCCAAACCCUCAUGGUGCCCCCCCUCACAGGCGGCGAAGACAUGCAGGCCCUAUCCGCCCACACACAAGUGUCAUGCCUGAAGGCCUCGGAGGUGUGCCGGGAGGCCAGCGACCUGCUGAAGCCCAUCAAGUCCGAGCCUCACACUGAGCAUGCCCAGGAGACAUACAGCGAGGAGGUGUCGUCCUCCGUCAUCACGGCGCCACGGUCCUACAGCGAGAACGGCAGCCCCUCGGUGAUCGUGCGCACAGGGAAGCACCCUCUCCCCGUCGAGUCCCCCGACACCCUGAAGAAACGGCGCAUCCACCGCUGCGACUUCGGAGGCUGCAGCAAGGUCUACACCAAGAGCUCUCACCUGAAGGCCCACCGACGCACACACACAGGUGAGAAGCCCUAUAAGUGCAUGUGGGAGGGCUGCACGUGGAAGUUCGCCCGCUCCGACGAGCUGACCCGGCACUUCCGCAAGCACACCGGCGUCAAGCCCUUCCAGUGCCCCGACUGCGAGCGCAGCUUCUCCCGCUCCGACCACUUGGCCCUGCACAAGAAGCGCCACCUGCUCGUCUGAGCCCCGUCCCGCCCUGGCCUGGGCCCGGCUGCGCCCCUGUCCCGACUCCAAACAGGGGUGGCGAUGGAGCCUCUCUCGGGGUUCGAGAAACCCUGCUGAUGUGACCACGAAAGUCGGCAUCAGCGCCAGACCAGUCCAGCGGGUGCCGGCCGCUCCUUACUCCUCGCCCUCCACCCUUCCCACUGCCCGCCACAGCAGAUCUGACACCCACCCCCCUCGCCGGGCCUCCACACGCUGGUGCGCGCACUCAGCUGGUCUGAGUGCAGUCAGCCCAGGGGGCAAACCCCC